AAAUUUUAUGUAGUUUAUGCUAUACAUUUCAUGAUCUAACGUAAAUAACGCCGUUGACAUAAAAUUUGUACGGAAUUUUAGUUAUAGUUAAUUGAAGUGUGAUAUUAAUUGUCAAGCAAUAACGUGAAAAUGGGACGCCGUUCAAUCAACACUACAAAGAGUGGAAAAUACAUGAAUCCUACCGAUCAAGCACGAAAAGAAGCACGUAAAAAGGAACUAAAAAAGAACAAAAAGCAACGACAAUUAGUAAGAGCGGCCGUUUUGAAAGGAAAAGAUCCAGCGCAGAUUAUCGAAGAAAUGGAGAAAAUUGAUCAGAUGGAAUACAAUGUAAUGCAACCACCUCCCCUGAACGAGAAAGUAUUGAAGGACAAACGAAAGAAACUUAAGGAGACUUUAGAUCGUGUCUUAAAAAUGUAUGCGAAAGAUGAUCAAGAAAAAUGGGCGGAAUUGAAAGAGCAAUUGAUUCAAUAUGAACGUAGAAGGAUAGAUUUGGUUUCUUAUUUUGAAGCUGUGCGACACGCACAGCAAGUACAAGUUGAUGAAAUUCCAUUGCCAUCAGCAGCCAAUGAUAUAUCUAGGAUGUAUCCAGGAUCUUUGACAUCUCAGAUUCCAUUGCCAGAUAUGCCGCAACCACCUGCACAUAUGUAUCCACCUCAUCCUCAUUAUAUAUCGCAACAUCAUCCUUUGAUAAAUAUACCAAUACCACCAAGCAUUUUAAAGAAGACCAGUGCAUAUGCAACUUCUCCAUCGAUGCCUACAUUAGCACCUAAUAAGGAGCCACCUGGUGUACCACCAUUUCCACCUCCUGAUCUUUCGAGCGACGAUGAGGAUGUAGCUGAAAGUGUUAAGGAUCCUCCAGCAAAAUCGAGAACGAUAAGAUUCGCCGAUGAUAAGGAGGAUGGCAAACAAGAGUCUGAAAAUAAGGAGAAAGACUUGGAGAAAGAGAAAGAAAAGGAUAGAGAUAUGGCGAAAGUAAAGCCAACUACACUGCAACAGAAAAUGUUGGCAAUGGCAGGACAAGAUAUUGAUCAAUUUAUGCGAGAGAUGGAAGUCGUCCAUAAGAAGAGAGAGACAGAGCGUGCUCAGGAUCUUAAUGCGCGACUAUCGCUUCUCGAGGCAGAAAACGAAUCCAAUGCUAAAUCUAGUAACAACAAAUCCAGUAAUAAGGGAGAUGAUGAAGAACUGGAACCACCAGGAGCAUCGGACCAUCUCUCCGGACAUGGACAGCACACAUCUCAUCCUCAUACGCAGCAUACACAACAACAUGCCAUGCCACCGAUGGGCAUACCACCUCCAUCUUUACUUUAUCGACCACCACCACCACCGUUACAUCUGAGAAUGCCACCACCUCCACCACCUCGUAUCGGACUCCGAUUACCGCCUGGUCCUCCACCUGGAAUACCGAGAAUAUUAAGACCCGGCCCUCCAAACAUACCUCGAAUGCCACCGCCACAAAUGCAAAUAUCAAAUAUGUCGAACAUAGCAAAUUCCCAAAUGCAAACGCAGUCUGGAACAACUGCACAGCCCAAAACGCCCAAUGUCCUUUCUGCUGCGCCGCAACUAAUUAACAGAAAGGACAAAGAUGGAAAAAGUACAACUACUAUCGAGGCCAAACCGCAAAUUAGGAAUCUAGCUGCUGAUGUUACUAGAUUUUUACCAACAUCUUUGCGUGUAAAAAGAGACGAUAAGAAGAAAUCCAGCAGUAUCUCCAGAAUUACGGAAAGGUUACCGGAAGCGCAACCACUUAGAACUGCACAACCUAAGACAAAAGACGACGCAUACAUGCAAUUUAUGCAAGAAAUGGAAGGAUUACUUUGAAUUUGGAAGAAUGUAUGCUUUACUUAAAUGGAAUAUUAUUAUUAUAAGCAUUCUGUUCAAUAUACACAGUGUGUGAUUAAGAA